AAAUGGCCAUCUUCGAUCCGUUUAAGCUCCGCUACAAACCGCCGUCGAUAUUUCCGGCAACGACUGUAAAACCUAGCAAUGUUCUCUCCCUCGUCUCCAAGUUCUUCUUUACCAUAUGCAUCUUCAUCUCCGUUGCUCUGAUCUUCUUCUACAUCAUCUUCUCCGAUUGCUCCGAUUGCCACCGCAUCAUCGGCCACCGUCGCUUAGGUCCUUACAAUGUAAACUCCACUACAAACUCGUCAGCUUCUUCCUCGACCAUCCUCCGUAAGAAUCAGUCCUCGGAGGCCACCGAUGUCUCCCACAUAGUGUUCGGGAUUGGUGGCUCCAUUCAAACGUGGGGAGAUCGCAGCCGUUACUCCGAACUGUGGUGGCGUCCUAACGUCACCCGCGGCUUCGUAUGGCUUGACGAAGAACCGCCUCUUAAUAUGACGUGGCUCUCAACUUCUCCACCGUACCAAGUCUCGGCGGAUACCUCCCGGUUCAACUACACUUGCUGGUAUGGUUCAAGAUCAGCUAUACGAAUGGCGAGAAUCAUCAAAGAGACUUUUGCGUUAGGGUUAACGAACGUGAGAUGGUUCGUGAUGGGUGACGACGACACCGUUUUCUUUGUGGACAAUCUUAUAACGGUUCUAAGUAAGUAUGAUCAUAAUCAAAUGUAUUACAUUGGAGGAAACUCGGAGAGUGUUGAACAAGACAUCGUUCACUCAUACGCUAUGGCUUACGGUGGCGGAGGUAUGGCAAUUAGUUACCCAUUAGCCGUCGAGCUUGUAAAGAUAAUCGAUGGUUGUAUUGAUCGUUACGCAUCGUUAUAUGGAUCUGAUCAAAAGAUUGAAGCUUGUCUAAGCGAGAUUGGAGUUCCCCUUACCAAGGAACUAGGUUUCCAUCAGGUGGACGUACGUGGAAACCCGUACGGUUUACUAGCUGCCCAUCCGGUGGCUCCUCUGGUUACGCUCCACCACCUCGACUACGUUGACUCAAUAUUUCCAGCGACGAACCAAAUCGACGCCCUAAGAAGACUCAUGUCAGCAUACAAGACGGAUCCAAGCCGGAUCAUCCAGCACAGCUUCUGCCAUGACCCGAGCCGGAACUGGUCUGUCUCGGUUUCAUGGGGCUACACCAUUCAGAUUUAUCCGUCUUUGGUCACGGGUAAGGAGCUUGAGACGCCGUUUCUUACGUUCAAGUCGUGGCGGACAUCGAGCUUGGAGCCUUUCUCGUUUGAUACCCGACCCAUCAGCGGAGAUCCAUGCGAGAGACCCAUUGUUUAUUUCUUGGACCGGGUUUAUGAGGUAGGGUCAGGGCAGACUCUUACGACGUAUCGGAAACAUGUUGACGUGGGCGAGGCGCAAUGUGAUUCGCCGCAUUAUUCUCGCGCCAACUUGGUUGAGUUCAUCGACGUUUCGGCUACCACAUGGAGGCCUGAUCUAUGGAAAAUGGCACCACGUAGACAGUUCUGUGAAAUUGUCAACAGUGAAGGAGACUCGAAAAAUGUAAUCCAUGUCAAGAUACGGCAUUUUAAUCCUUUCGAAAGUGUAUCUCUUCCAACAAAGCAUCCGAGCGAAAAAUGAAUGGAAGGUUUCACAAUUCGACAGAUGGAUCGGCUCCCUUUUAUCUUCUGAGACUAUAUAAAGUUUCAUAUCAAGAGAAGUUGAGCAACAAUUUUCUUAUUCGUUCGUUUAUGUAAGUAUAUCAACUAACUUAAAAUCAUAAACUUUGGCUAAAGUCAAAAUUAUACAGAUUGUUACAUUUUUUUAUUAUAUCAAAUAUAAUUAUAGUUUUAUUAACUCAUGUAAUACAUGUUUUCCUCCAAAAGUUAAUAUAGCUAGAGGAG